GAUGACUAAAUGAUGAUGAUCAAAUCUGAUGCAAGACUGGAACAGAAGGCAUAUUCUCAGUAUAUUCUGGACUACAGUGAAAUUUAUGAUUUUUGAAGUCCAUUGCAUUCCCAUCAUAUUCCAUGGAUUCUUGUAUUUUUAGAGUUGCUCCAAUGGAUGUCUUUUGCACUUAUUGAAUCUUUAUUUGUGGGAAUUUUUUGCUUUACAUUCUGAUCUAAUAAUGACUGAGUCAUGUGAUUGACAAGGGACUUGACUGGCCUAAAAAAGAAAAAUUUUGGUUGAUACGUUUAUGACUUCAGUCCCCUUAAGAAAAACAUGCUCAGAUAGUGGCUGGCACAGAUACCAUUUCCUUUUGGUAAGGCUGUGGAAAACGUGGCCACUUGAAAUCUGAAAAUGAGUGCACCAUUAAUUCCCAACAAGUCAUGUUACAAUCUAUUACAGACCAACAGAAAUGAGAUGAAAAAUAACAAUGAACACAUGGUGUCUGUAGGAGACACAAAUGCGAAUCAAAUCACAUCAGAUGUCAGAACUCCUGGAACAGCAAUAAGGACAAGCAAUAUUUCAGGAGAAUCUGCUUGCUUACACACUAGUAAGCAAAAAACCAACAGACAUUUAGACUCUGAGAGGAACAACCUUCAGGGCUCUACUGGUGAAUCAGACUUUAUACUGUCUUCUACCAUCAGCAAGAAAUUGCAUGCAGAUUGUAGGCCUGAAGGCCUUAAGGACACUUCAAAGCUGGUCACCAUUAGCCGAGGACACAGUUUGUCCAAUCUGAGGAUCAACGCAAGUGAUAACCUUUCAGUAGUACUUUCAAAAAGUGAUGCUGACCUGAUUCAGUAUGUUUCAAAGGAAAAAGCACUUAGAAGGAUUGAGCCAGAAGGAAUAAAACGCCUUUCUUUGGGGAGAUCAAGAAAACUUAUGGCUAAAACAGAAAAAGAAUUUGUUGGCCGUGUAUCAGGUAAACGCUUGCUUUCUGUAUCCUUGGAUUCCAUCAAUACUUCCAUCAAUCAUUUGAGUGGGGACAUGGAAAAAUCUCAGAAAACAUCAGCAGACCAUUUUCUAGGCAUGGUGUUCCAUCCAACUGAUGGUGUCUCUGAAGGAAACAUUGUACAUUACCCUAAAUAUUCCUCUACCUCAGAAAUGGGAAGAGCAAGUACCCCAGCCAUACAAUCAGGUGUGGAUAAUGUACCAAAUGCCAACAAACAAGACCCUCCACACCAUGCUGUUGUUGAUCUCCAUUUAACCAUUAAAUCCAAUGAAAUUUGGAAACCAGAAGCACAAAUUGACCAUCAGAGUGGUAAGAGAGGAAAAGGGGAAGUGAAGUGUCCUUUGUCCUCACAGUCAAAGCAUGUAGGUGAGCAGAAAAUGAACAAGGUUAUGUUAUUUGGAUUUCUUGGAUGUCCAGCAGAAGAAAAUAAUGUUGUGGUACAGAAUCAAAAGGAUAUGGGGACACAAGUACAUAAGACCAAAUUACAUCCGUUGCCAAAAGAGGAUCUGUUUUUAAAUGAAGGAUUUGACUCUAUUAAUGAAAGUCUGAUAAGUGACAAUGGCUCUCCAGAUUUAAGAAAAGGAAAUAAUCAUAGUAACAGCAAGGCAGCAAGCAAAGUGAACGAGGAAUAUAGAGCUGUAAAAAAGGAAGAUUCUGUUUCAGCUCCUGGUGAUGAUACUAUACAUGUUGAUAGAUUGACAUCAACAGAGAAUGAAAACCUAUACAUUGCUAGCACAAGUUGUAUUCCAGCAGUUAAUGGGCAUGUGUCUUUUAUGGAUAGUGUUAAUGUGACAGACAGCAAACAUUUGAAUAACUAUGAAAAUAAGCAGAUUCUAGUCAAAGGACCCAGUGAAGAUGCUAUAAUUGUCCAAUCUGAUUUGGAAGAUUCCAAACCACAAAAUACAGAAAAUAUCUCCGUAAAUUUUAACACUGAGGACAGUAAUUUAGAAACCAGACAUUUUUCAGCUCAGAGCAAGAAGACAGUUAAUGAAACGAAAGAGCAUACAAGUAAUGCACUAGAAAGCUGUAAAAUAAUAGCACAAAGUGAAACUUUUUUAUGUCCCCCAACUCCUUUGCGCCCUUCUACAACUGUGAAUGCCAGUAGCCACAUCACAGCAUCAAACAGCAGUUUGAAGGAACUUUGUGUGCUUCACGUUGACAAACUGCCAUCUUCUGCAACCCGACCUCCCACUGACAGCACCCAGUUAUUUAGCCUAUCCCCUAAAGUGCCUAAUAAUGCUACAUGUAACAGUGCGAUCCCUAAGCCUAUCCUUAUAAAUUCCAAGGGGCCCGAACCAGCCACUUAUAAUGGUGAGAACAAGGAUAUGGAGAGGCCUGAAGAUAAGGUUGAAACUCCAGCCAUCCCUAAGCCCAAACAUGUGAGGCCUAAAAUAAUAACUUACAUUAGAAGGAACCCUCAGGCAAUCAGCCAGCUUGAUCAGUCUGGAUUGUCUUGCGUGCCCCCUGCUUGUGGGUUGCCAGUGGCAACCGAACAGAAAAUGUUCAAUGAUGGAGAUAUUAAACCAGGCAAUGUUUUCUACGAAAAAUUUAAAACUGACUUUCAGAAGCCUCAGAUGUAUAGUUCUGGAUUUGUAGUAUCUGGCAUUAAAUCCUCAGACCAUCAGUUUAGCCAGAUGGGUGAAAGGUUUUUCCAUGAGGUUGGAGAAAGGCCUGUGAAAGACAAUUUUUGUCCUGCGCCAUAUGCUCAUUAUGAGGUGCCUCCAAGCUUUUAUCGCUCAACAAUGAUUCUUAAACCCCAAUUAGGACUUGGUGCUGUUUCCAGGUUGCCAUCUGCAAAAAGCAGGAUUUUGAUUUCCAGUCAAAGGUCUUCAGCAAGCUGCAUCCAUCCUCAAGCACCAAUACCCAGUUCAACACUAUUCCAUCCUGAAACUUCAGUUGAUCUUAAAAAAGGCUCAAGUCCAAAUGCUACAAAAUCAAAUCUUCCAAAACCAUGUCAGUCUGGACUUCGCCCUCCUGGUUAUUCACGGUUGCCAUCAACUAAACUCGCCACGUUUGGUUUUGUCAGGAGCUCCAGUGUCUCCUCAAUCUCAAGCAAAUCUAGUGACAGAGUCCAGAGUGAUCAAAGCAAGACAGCCAACCAUACUGAGUACUAGUUCAUUGCAACUCAAGACUAAAGUCCCAUGAGAAAUGUAUUCCUUGCAGAAGUUACAGAAGUUUACAAUUAAAAUGCAAAUUUGGAGUUAUGAACUAUACAGAGGGGAAGAGGACACAUUUUUUCCAGCUUUAUAUCCUUUUUAUUGCUUUUUGAAGCAAAAACCUUUAAAUCAGGCCAAAUGUUGGUGUUCAACAGCAGUGCAAUGAAUACUCUGAAGAAUAUCAAAAGCUCUGUAUUAUUUCUUCAAGAUGAAGUGAAAAAAUGCUGAAGACUCACGGCAAACAGAGCACCUAGGAUUCUACAUAACUCUUUCCACCCUAAAACUGGAGAUUCCCAGAUUCUGGUUUCCAGUGAGGAAAGAUAAGUUAAUGCCUACAUUUUUCUCCACUCUACAGAGAUUGCAGGGGCAUUAUGGCCAAAAAGCAGCUGGAUGUGAUGUCCAGACUGCUAAAAAAUUUCUUAGGAAAAAAGAGAGAUGGAGACAUUGCCCAUAUGCACUUCUCAACAGCUGAUUUUUGUGAAUAGAUAGCAGAAAUUGACAUUUUUUCAGCUGCCUGUGAUCACCUGGGUCUAAACCUUAAAUGCAGCCUUUUGUGGAUUCAUAGUUUGAGCAAACCUCAUCCUUUCAACCACUUUGGAGUUAUUAUUUUUAUACUGCCUCUUUAAAAUUGAAUUUUUUUAGAACUGCAAGCCUGCAAGUUGCUGGAUGAGUUUUCCUUCAAUUCAUUUAAAAAGAAAGGAAACUAUGUCUUUUCAGCUUUAUAAGAUCUUUAUUUUGAAACUUUUGGCAAUAUACAGCAAAAGAGUGAUUUUAGAGUUCCGGUUCACUGAUAUUGAUCAUUUUAUAGCAAUUAUUUCAGGUUUGGAAUAAGCAAGGAGAGAAUCCACUGAAUGAGUUUAAAUUACUUGAAAGCUUCUUAUGGUCAAGUCAGUCAAACUUUAUUGUGGCAAAAGGAAAAAAAAUACAAUAUGUACUUUAAAAAUUACAAUGUAUCAUGCAUAAUAAAAAGGACUGUGGUCAUGCCUAGCCUACUAUGCUGUCAACAUCGUGUGCACUAUACAGGCUGCAAGCAUAAACUUUACAAUAGCAAGAACUCUCUUGGGAUCCUCAUCUGCCAAAAGAAGCUGCACUUAGAAUCCUUCUAUUCAGUCUGGAAAUGGGCUAAGAAGUAUUUGUAAUAUAUUGUGAGUGUCUCAGUAAAAAUUGCAGUACAGCUCCCAUCUUUGCAGGGAGAAAAUCUUUCAGAAUAGGGAAUUUUGCAAUAUUUACCCUCUAAUACAGGGGUUCCCAGUCAGGAGUGCGAAAUGAUAUUCCCAGGAGUGCAAAAACUUGGGUUUUCAAAAUUAUAGUGUAUAUGCAUAAUUUGUUGCCGUUAUUUCGAACUUUUGUAAGGGAAUAUAUCAGAAGCGUUGUAGGGGUGCAGGGUAUAGAAAAGGUUGGGAACCACUGCUCUAACACAAGGGUCCCCAACUCCCGGUCCAUGGACCGGCACCAGUCCGUGCCGUGCUAAAAACUGGGCCACUCAAACAAGCAAAGCCCCAUCCAUGGGAUGCAAGCAGCAUGUGAAAUCACGCAUCCUCCAGUCUACGGAAAAACCUCUCUCCAUGGAACCGGUCCCUGGUGCCCAAAAGGUUAGGGACCACUGCUCUAAUAUCAGUGAUAGUAAGCUAUUAAAUUUCAAUAGCACAAAGGACCUUAAGAAUUUAUUGUUUGGGCCAGAUAUAAUGCUAGCUUAAAAUAAAAUCUGCUGUGUCCUGAUUGAGUGGUUUCUUGAUAUUUUCUGUUGGCAAUACUGGGUCCAGAAUUCUUUGUUUAAAAGUUACCAUUGCCUCAUUGUGCAUCAACAUCUAAUGGGGAAAAAAAACAAUUUAUAUAAUGUGUCAUUUAUUUGGCAUUUCCAAGAAGAAGAAUUAUUAUUUUACAAAUCUUGGGACUGAGAGCGAGAUUUAAACCCUGCCUCCAAAUGUAGACCAGCAUCAGACAUACAUUUAGCUAUUUGAAAUAUCUUUUUUCAGGAAUCCAGUUUGAACUCUCUCCAGUAUCUCCUGACACCUGGAUUUAACUGCACUCCAUAGAGGAGAUGUGCCAGCUUCUUGGCUUCAAAAACCUUUGAAGCAGCUGGUAUAUACUGGGCUCCCCUAGAGAAAAAGAGAAGACUGAUGCUUCUGAAUUUCUCAGAGCAUUCAAAGCAACCUUACAGUAUGAAAUUGUUUUUGGGAGUGAGUUUUUUCCUUGCUUAAGAUAUUUAUAUUGAUCCAGUUAUCAAAAAGUAACAGGACUAAAAGGUACCCUUGUUCAGCUGUUUUGCUAGUUGGCAUUAUAUAUGAGAUAUACAUUGCUAUAAGGCAUCUCACUCUCAAACUAGUAACAGAAUAACAGAGUUGGAAGGAACAUUGGAGGUCUUCUAAUUCAACCCCCUGCUCAAGCAGGA